UUCGAUAAGUUCAUAACAUAAAAAAAAAAAGACAAAAUGAAUUAAAGUAAAAUUCUUACGAAUAGGCUCUUUGAAUGAUGAACAAAUCCGUAUGCAUUCGCUCAUCUAAAAUGGAGUCAACCUCCCAUUGCGUAUUGGUACUUAUCUGGUAUAGAAUAGAUCUGCUUCUCUUUGUUCCUACAAACAGAAUUGUGACAUUCUGACUAAAAUACUAAAAAAAAAAUGGAAUCCUUUCUCCGAGAUAAUCCACUGAAAAAGGGAGGUCCAUAACAUAGUUUUUUCCAGUGCAAUAAAGUUACAUAGUGUCUAUCUUUCGUUGAUAAGGGGGUAUUCCAUGGGUUUGCCUUGGUAUCAUGUUCAUACCGUCGUAUUGAAUGAUCCCGGUCGUUUGCUGGCUGUCCAUAUAAUGCAUACAGCUUUGGUUGCUGGUUGGGCCGGCUCGAUGGCUCUAUAUGAAUUAGCAGUUUUUGAUCCUUCUGACCCCGUUCUCGAUCCAAUGUGGAGACAAGGUAUGUUCGUUAUACCCUUCAUGACUCGUUUAGGAAUAACCAAUUCAUGGGGUGGUUGGAGUAUUACAGGAGGAACUAUAACGAAUCCGGGUAUUUGGAGUUAUGAAGGUGUGGCUGGGGCGCAUAUUGUGUUUUCUGGCUUGUGCUUCUUGGCAGCUAUCUGGCAUUGGGUGUAUUGGGAUCUAGAAAUCUUUUGUGAUGAACGUACAGGAAAACCUUCUUUAGAUUUGCCCAAGAUCUUUGGAAUUCAUUUAUUUCUCUUAGGAGUGGCUUGUUUUGGGUUUGGUGCUUUUCAUGUAACAGGAUUGUAUGGUCUUGGAAUAUGGGUGUCUGAUCCUUAUGGGCUAACCGGAAAACUACAAUCUGUAAAUCCAGCGUGGGGUGUGGAAGGUUUUGAUCCUUUUGUUCCGGGAGGAAUAGCCUCUCAUCAUAUUGCAGCAGGGACAUUGGGCAUAUUGGCGGGCCUAUUCCAUCUUAGUGUCCGCCCGCCCCAACGUCUAUACAAAGGAUUACGUAUGAGAAAUAUUGAAACCGUGCUUUCCAGUAGUAUCGCUGCUGUCUUUUUUGCAGCUUUUGUUGUUGCUGGAACUAUGUGGUAUGGUUCAGCAACUACCCCCAUUGAAUUAUUUGGUCCCACUCGUUAUCAAUGGGAUCAAGGAUACUUCCAGCAAGAAAUAUAUCGAAAAGUUGGUACUGGGCUGGCUGAAAAUCAAAGCUUAUCCGAAGCUUGGUCUAAAAUUCCUGAAAAAUUAGCUUUUUAUGAUUACAUCGGAAAUAAUCCGGCAAAGGGUGGAUUGUUCAGAGCAGGUUCAAUGGAUAACGGGGAUGGAAUAGCUAUUGGGUGGUUAGGACAUCCUCUAUUUAGAGAUAAAGAAGGGCGUGAGCUUUGUGUACGUCGUAUGCCUACUUUUUUUGAAACAUUUCCGGUUGUUUUGGUAGACGGAGACGGAAUUGUUAGAGCCGAUGUUCCUUUUCGAAGGGCAGAAUCGAAGUAUAGUGUUGAACAAGUAGGUGUAACUGUUGAGUUCUAUGGUGGUGAACUAAAUGGAGUCAGUUAUAGUGAUCCUGCUACUGUGAAAAAAUAUGCUAGACGCGCACAAUUGGGUGAAAUUUUUGAAUUAGAUCGUGCUACUUUGAAAUCCGAUGGUGUUUUUCGUAGUAGUCGAAGGGGUUGGUUUACUUUUGGACAUGCUUCGUUUGCCCUGCUCUUCUUCUUCGGACACAUUUGGCAUGGCUCUCGAACCUUGUUCAGAGAUGUUUUUGCUGGUAUUGAUCCAGAUUUAGACGCUCAGGUGGAAUUUGGAGCAUUCCAAAAACUUGGAGAUCCAACUACAAGAAGACAAGUAGUUUGAUACAACAUUAAUCUCUGAUUUUGCGUCUCUAUUUUCUUUUUGUAAUUUGACAUAGGGUACUGGGGACAUCUUGAUUUGAAUCGCCGCCUUUUCUUUGUCUUGACUCUUGCUCUUUUUUUAUCCGGGAACGCUCUAAAUAAACAGAUAUGGAAGCUAUAAUUGUAAACCACGAUUGAAUCUAUGGAAGCAUUAGUUUAUACAUUCCUCUUAGUAUCGACUCUAGGAAUAAUUUUUUUCGCUAUCUUUUUUCGAGAACCGCCUAAAGUUCCAACUAAAAAGGUGAAAUGAUUUUUCAUUAUCUUAAUUGAAGUAAUGAGCCUCCCAAUCUUGGGGGGCUCAUUACUUUAA